AUGUAUAUGAUGAGCAAUGAUGAUGUUAUAAUGGGUGGUAGUGCUAGAUUGGGUGCGGUGGUGCGCAGCAGCUCCGGACUCACCAACAUCGGCACUGUUGAUAAUGGACUCGAAGACCAGAAAGCUAUUCAGGGCGCCGUACCUCCACGAAAGCAGGAAUGUCCAGUCGAUGAGGUCGAUGUUGACGAGGAGGUGGUAAGGAACGAGCAAUGUACAAAAAUUCUCGCUGACCUGACUGACUGGCAGUGGAUUUUCGGCAAAACACCAAAGUUCUGGUUUGAAAGUGGAGAUACCAAACAAUAUGUAGAAGCAGGAAUCAUAAAAGAAAAUACAGCCGAAGCUGCUGUACGAAGACAGGAAAGCGUCCUAGAGAUGGAUCAAGACAAGGCAAACGUCCAAGGCUCUGAGGUGCGAGACGUUGUUGGUGAGAUCCAGAAGCUGCAAGAGAAGCAAGCGAAGGAUAUGAUGAGAAACGAUGAAGAAAUGUCCGACGAAGACAUGGAA